AUGACCGCGGAGGAGAGUGCUCCUACCCACAGUGUCCUCAGCGAAGCCGAUCCCUCCUGCAUGUCAGCCUCAGGCGUAGCAGUGGCGACGGGUCGGGCGGGGGACUGGACUCCUGGCUUUGAUGACCAGAAGCGGUCUCUCUGCCGCCCGAUUUGUCCCGCCGCUCUCCUGCAGCCUGUUCAUGGCUGA